ACGCUCCCUUCCUGCCGCUGCCUUCCCAGAUGCGACAGAGCACAGGCACCUCUCGCUCUCUGCCCAUGAAAGAGGACUCUCUCCUUUUGUUUUUUCCCUUUCUUUUUUCCCCCUCCCUUUUUUAUGUUUCAGCUUUACUACUGCUAGAUUAACUUCUAUUUUAUUUCUUAUAGGAAACUUCAUCCGCUGGAUUUAAAAGCCAGUGAAGAAUGCAGAUCUUCCUUGGAUAAGAUCCCACUAAGAAAUGCUUGACCAUCUCCCAGCAGUUGCAUUUCUCAGAGCAGAAAGAACAGAUCUUCAGACCCCUGUGGCAUGAGCAAAGCCUCUGGCAUUGAAAAGCCAGGAGGAUGUCUCUAACUGAUGAGCUGGAGAGCCACUUUCCUGCAACUCCCUACACGGUGACAGAUACAAGUGAGGGCAGCCUGUUCAGAAUCAGACUCAAUGUCUCCACCAAUGCCACAGGGGAUGGCACAUCAGCCACCGAUUCCAUGGAGGACAUGAUUGCCAUCUGCACCAUUGGGACAAUCCUCUCCCUCAUGUGUGUGAUUGGGGUGACAGGCAACGUCUACACCUUGCUAGUGAUGUGCCAUUACUUGAGAUCAUCUGCUUCCAUGUAUAUUUACAUCAUCAACCUCGCACUGGCAGACCUGCUCUACCUUCUCACCAUCCCCUUCAUCGUUGGGACCUACUUCAUUCAGAAAUGGUACUUUGGGGACAUUGGUUGUCGUAUCCUGUUCAGUCUGGACUUCCUCACUAUGCAUGCCAGCAUCUUCACCCUCACAGUCAUGAGCACAGAGCGCUACUUUGCUGUGCUGAAGCCCCUGGACACAGUGAAGAGGUCCAAGAGCUACCGAAAGGCCAUUGCUGUUGUUAUCUGGAUGGUGUCACUGCUGCUCACUCUCCCAAUGCUCAUCAUGAUCCAGCUGGUACAAAGGGACAACAAAAGCAUCUGCCUGCCCACUUGGAGCAAGCUUUCCUACAAAGUCUAUCUCACCAUCCUUUUUGGUACCAGCAUCGUGGGUCCAGGAGUAGUCAUUGGCUACCUUUACAUCCGACUGGCUAGGAUUUACUGGGUGUCACAGACAGCAUCCUUCAAGCAGACCAAGCGGCUGCCAAAUCAGAAGGUGCUCUAUUUAAUCUUCACCAUAGUGCUGGUGUUCUGGGCUUGCUUCUUGCCUUUCUGGAUAUGGCAGCUCCUCUUCCAGUAUUAUGAAUCCUUCACUUUGUCCCCCAAGGUGAUGAAGAACAUUAAUUAUCUGACAACCUGUCUGACUUACAGCAACAGCUGCAUCAACCCCUUCCUCUACACCCUGCUCACCAAGAACUACCGGGAGUACCUGAAGAACAGGCAGCGGUCCCUCAGCAGCAGCAGUGGCUACUUCCAGAGGAGGAAUCGUUUUCAGAGGAUUUCAGGGAGGUCCCUGUCCACCAGCAGUCAGCACUGCACAGAGACAUACGUUCUCGCUCACGCUCCUUUGGGAAACAGCAAUGCCUGAAGGUAAAAUAGAUCUCCAAGAACAAUCAGUAUCGACUUUGGUGUUGCUUUGAUUUAAAGUGUACAUUGGAAAGGCAAAGCCUCAGCAGAUCCAUCACGUGCACACAGUGAGCCCAGAGGCUGUGCCAUAUGUCUGCUCUCCUUUUCUUCAGUGCCACUGAUUUGAUGCUAGCAGCAUUCAGCUGAACACCUACCCAAACAGCCUUUUGCUUUUCAUCUUUAUCCUUUAUAGUGUAUCUCUCCUCAAGUAGCCAUCAGUCAUGAAAGUCUGUCGCAGGGCCAUGGUUUUUAAUAGCAUCAGCUGUCUCCCAGAGCUUAGAAUUUUGUUACCCAGCAAUGGCUGUAGUUUGCUCUUUCUUUCCUUUAGCAGUAAAGCUACUUUUGUAGUUGUAUGAGGACUCAAAAUAAUGAAAUAAAGGCAAAGCAGCUGACAUUG